AGUGCGCAUGCGCUCGGAGUGAAGAGGAAGUGAACACCAUGUCGAUAGAAGACCCAUUUUUCGUUGUGAAGGGGGAGGUGCAGAAGGCACUCUCCCGUGCUCGGGGCCUGUUUGAUAGAUGGGAGGAACUGUUGCAAGAUGGGACACAGGUAAGCCGCGACGAGCUGGACUGGAGUACCAAUGAGCUGAGGAACUGCCUGAGGGCCAUAGACUGGGACCUGGAGGACCUCAGUGAAACCAUCAGUAUUGUGGAGUCGAACCCCGGGAAGUUCCGACUUGGCGACAUUGAACUUCAGGAGAGGAGAGACUUUGUGGAGCGAACCAGGAAAUCGGUCCAGGACAUGAAGGAUCAGUUAUCCAGCCCUUCUGCCGUGGCUCAGGCAGAGAAGAAGAACAGAGCGGCUCUGCUGACUUCGUCGGGCCAGGACAGGUCAACGGGACUGGAGGCUCACCUGGUGUCUGCUAACUCCAAAUACAUCCAGGAGCAACAGGAACAACAGCAGCUGAUCAUGGAGGAGCAGGAUGAGCAGCUGGAGUUGGUGUCGGGCAGCAUCAGAGUCCUCAAAGACAUGUCGGGACGCAUCGGAGACGAACUCGAUGAGCAGGCUGUUAUGUUGGGGGAUUUUGGCGACGAGAUGGACCAGACAUCGUCCCGUAUGGACUCGGUCCUCAAGAAGCUGGAGAAGGUGUCUCACAUGACCAGCAGUCGGAGGCAGUGGUGUGCUAUCGGCGUGCUGGUCACCGUUAUGAUCGUGGUCCUCAUCCUCUUCUUCGCUCUCUGAUGCCGGUGACCUCUGACCUCUCGACUACGUUCACCGACUCCCGCCUGAUAGGACGAACGGAUGGAUGGAUGGAUGGAUGGACGGACAGAAACCGGAAGAAGGACGUGUCUCCUCCUCCUCCUCCCCCGCCCCCCCCCUCCUCCCGUCCCUUUCCUUUCCGCCCAUUGAGGAGAAACUGAUGACCUGCAGAGAGGAGUUAAGAGACAAAUAUCCUCCUUCUCUCUGCUUUUAAUGAUUCAAGUGAGAAAAAGAAAAAAAAAAACUUGAGCGGAGGAGCUUAACACAGCAGAAACCCCGGUGGUAUUGUCAAUUCCACAUUGGUGCAUUUCGGUUAUUGUUUGAAAGAAGGGUACUCAACGGGGGGGGGGCUCGGAAUUGGAGGCCGCUGCUGUCGGGUUAAAAACACAAACGUGCACGUUUAUGACCAGGUGCAUCAGAGUUUGAAAGGUACACCCCAACAGCUGUCCAGUGGCAGUAACAGCUGUUAACGUUAAUACAUCAGCUAACACCAACAGCACUUGAACGCUCGAGUUGUAGUUCCCUUUCUUCCAAACUACAAAACAGUCUUGUCUCCAUCACCAUUCAUAACUUUUGAAUGACGCUGAACUGAGAUUAACCACAAACGUGACUUAUUUGGUAAGUAAGUAGUUCUAAAAAAAAAAAACGUUUCUUUUUAAAGGUGCCUUACAGGAGGAGUGAAAGGAAAGACAAAAAUAAAAUGUCACUCGAGCAGCUAUUGUGACAUUUAUUUUAUUUCCGUUGGCUGGUAAAACCUGGUUCCUGGCAGAGUAACCAGCCAGAACGUAGUUUUUGGACACUGAUGAAUGUAGAUGUAUUAACUGUUCAGUGGAGAAAGGUGCAGUUAUUUGUGUUUUUAAGCAGACAGGAGCAGCGUGGGAGGGAGGAGAUGGUGUUGCCUUAAAUCUAUUUUUAUAUUGUGAAAAUGUGCACUAUGGUUUCUGCGCGUACACGGGAAUAACGGUGGGAAAUUACCAACAAGUACUAGUCAUCAGGAGAGUGGGCCAAAAGUCUGCAGGUUUUCCCUUCCAGUCCAACA